GAGGAACAACACACACACACACACAGGCACACACACACACACACACACACACUUCCACAACUGGAAGGAAAAAAAAAAAAGCUCAGACAUGGAUGACCCACUCACAAAAUGGCUCCACUUACUCAGUAACAUCAACAACACGACCAACAACGGGCUCAGUGGGAUCGUGUGAGAGGCGCAGGGAGCGAAAAUGAUGGAAAAGAAGCCGCAGGAUUUUGGUCCCGAGAGUCCAGAUGUGAAGUCCGGCGUCGGAAAGCAGGAGAACUCCUCCAUCGUCUCCAGACAGAACGGAUGCAAAGAGGACGAGGAAGGGGAGGAGAAGAGCGGAGGGGGCGUCAACAAGGUGGCUGAGGAGACGGAUGACGUUCCUCUGCAGAACUCGAGUAACGGGCCCAGCAGCAUCAGCAUCAUCAUCAACAGCGUUGCCAAGGAGACCGCCUCUCACAACAGCCUGGACGUGAAGAGGGAAGUGCCGGUGAUCGAGCUCUCCAGGAGGGACGCUAUAAAGGCGGUGCAGGAGCUGAGGACCGGCAGCCAUUUGGUGCCGAUCACCGAACUUCGCAGACCUCCACCGCUGCCGCUGCCGCACACACAUCGAGAGGACGCUCGAAUGGUCCAACUGAGCCCAAACGCGUUUCCUGUCCCGGCCCGGGCGAUGCUCUACAACCUGGCGCAGCCUCUCGCCGCCAUCAACAGUCUCGGAGGGGAACCAGAGCAGUACAGCAUGUACCCCAGCAACAGGGUAAAGCGCCGCCCGGCGCCUUAUGAGGUUGAACUCGACGAGGCUGGUCAGCCAAAGAUCGUCCGCCGGAUCUUCACCAACAGUCGUGAACGUUGGCGGCAGCAGAAUGUAAACGGAGCCUUUGCCGAGCUUCGCAAGCUCAUCCCCACUCACCCUCCCGACAAGAAGCUGAGCAAGAACGAGAUCCUGCGGCUGGCUAUGAAGUACAUCAGCUUCCUCUCCAAUCUCCUGGAGGACCAGGACGGAGGGAGGAACGUCGGCGCCACCACAGACGGGGACACGGGUUUGUUGGUCGGGGCCCACGACGACGGCCCUCAGGGCGUGCCAAAUCAGGACACGGUGGUAGGCUUGGCCAGGGACGAUCUCCUGGAGACCAUGUCGCCCAGCUCCAGCUGCGGAAGCCUGCCUGACGGAGACGCCGAGGGCAGUCCUGAAAGCUUUGUGGAGGAUCAGGAUUCACCUCCAGCUCCAAGGACCUUACCAGCCUCACGAGGGACACAGGUUCAUUUAGCCGCUCGGGAUCUGAGACGAAACGGUCGGCCUUUGGACGGCGGUAACUGUCGAUGAUGCCACCAAACCAGUUCCACCAUAGAGGAGAGAACUAAGAGAGGGACGGAGACGGAUUAUAUGCUCAGGAUCCCGUUUGCCCUCAUGGAUCACUUCCACUCUCUAACAGAAGCAAGACGACACUUUCAAGUUGGAGCGAUUGGAGUUUCAAAGACUUGUAAAUUCUGCAUGUUAUCCACCGACCUGAGGAUCACGUUUGUUUUGAAAAACCCAAAGACCAAACUAAAUAAGCAACAAAGCAAAGGGAAAAUUCAGCUUCUUAGAUCGCAGCAGAGUAGAGAUUUCUGCACCCUGAAGUCAUCGGACUCUUUAUUGAUGUUAAAUUUGCCUCAGCUGGAGGCAAAACAAACUUAUCUGAGGCCACAUACUGUUGUGUUUUGUAAAUACGCUUCUAAACAAAGGCGUGCUGCAUUCACUUGAGAGAAAAUAUUGAGUUUUUAACAGGUUUAAAACUGCCUGCUCACUGGAUAUUUUGAAAAUGUUAUGGCAUUAACACGUAAUACUCGCUCACAAUGAAGGGUCAAAUGAUGAUGUAAGGCUUAUUAUUCUUGUUUUCUUUUUUUCUGUCAAUACAAGUGAAACGCAUCCCUGUUUAAACUGUCAUUUACAAAUAUUUUUUCUUCAAGUGAAUGUGAUGCGCUUUGGUACAUCUACAUUUAACUAUCAAAUACAUUUACACAUGUUGAAGUAAUGUGGUUUCAGAUGUACAGUAGUGUGUUUUUUGGGGUUGGAGAUGACAGAAGGAACUCAGAGGAUAAAAGAGGAGUGACACAGUACAUCGAAUGUGGUACCAUCUGCUGCUGCUGGUGAUAAGAGAAUGACACCAAAAACAGCAUCAGCCAGAAGAUGAAUUUAAUAUUUGGUACAAAAAGAACAUACAGCGAUUCAUAAAGUGUACAAAUUGUGGGUCGGUGACGCGGUGACAUUGACUCAUGUGGUCCUUUUAGUAUGAAUGUCUGUUUUAGUGUUUUUCUUUCAAUGACUGUACUGCAGUUGUAGAUUAGUAAGGUACACAAAUAAAUCCCUUCAUGCCACAUUUGAUGCGUACACACAAAUCACGCACAGUGUUAUUAUCAUAACAACACCAGCAGUUUUCCGACGCGGACAGUUAAAUAUUGCUCGCUGUUUGAUGGUUGUUCUGCCUUUUUCAGCAGAGCGUAGCAGCCGAUAUUGGUACCUUUGGUAACUAUGGUAUUUUAAAGGGACAAUGUACGUUUGGUAAUGGCUUAUUUGUUGUAUGAUAGCAGUAUCUAUAAAUAUAUCUGAUGUUAAAUUGAUGAUUUUUAUAAAGAAAAACAUGAAUAAACAACACAACAUGAACAGCAUUGUAUGUGAACUCAUUGAAGCACUGAAGUUAGCGGUGACACUUAUGCUCUCGUGUCAAUGAGAAAUUCAGUUCAAGAAAUUUAU